AUGGUGUCGGGCGAGGGAGGCUAUCGUCAAAUCAAUAAAGCCUUGAAUACCUGCGCCUUUGAAGAUUAUUUGAAAGCCCAGCAAAAAUGCAUGCCAAAACUGUUAGAUGUGGAGCAGAUCAGUCCACGAGUAAUCCGUAUCCUUGGACAGAACCCUGGAAAGUUUACUCUUCAAGGAACGAACACCUAUAUUGUCGGUACUGGAGCCAAGCGUCUCAUCAUCGACACGGGCCAGGGCAUCCCAGCCUGGGCAGGGUUGGUUGCAGAAACACUGGCCAUCGGAAAAUUUUCACUAUCAGAAGUCCUUCUAACACAUUGGCACGGAGAUCAUACCGGUGGUGUUCACGAUCUCAUUCGAUUGUGCCCAGAUCUCUCUCGGUUUAUUUUCAAACAUACCCCGAGCAAAACUCAGCAGCCCAUCUUCGACGGCCAAAUAUUCACCGUUGAGGGCGCUACAUUGCGAGCCAUUUACACACCAGGACACUCCAAUGACCACAUGUGCUUCGUUUUAGAAGAGGAGAAUGCCAUGUUUACUGGGGACAACGUGCUUGGUCAGGGCACCACAGCAGUUGAACACCUCGGCACCUGGAUGGAAACAUUACGCACAAUGAAGUCAUAUGAAUGCGUCAAGGGCUACCCGGCCCAUGGAGAUGUAAUAGCAAGCCUCAAUUCCAAGAUUGCGGGAGAGCUGGGAGGGAAGUUGCGACGUGAGCGCCAAGUGCUGCGGGCUCUACAUCAAAUUGAAAGUGGCCCGCGGGGUAGAAGGCUCUCAACCAAGGAGGUGGUCAUGGCGGUGCAUGGAGAUAAAAUUAGCGAUCAACUUAUGGAGAAGGUGUUGGAUCCGUUCAUGGACGAGAUCCUUAGAAAGCUCGCUGAAGAAGGCAUAGUUGGAUUUGAUAUGAGAGGAGGCGUAAAAAGGUGGUUUGCUGUCACUUGA